AUGAAAAUGGAGGCGGGGACAUCAAAAGGCGAGUGGAAGAGCGUGGCGAGGACUGAAGCGGGGAGGAGGCCCUAUGUGGCUGCAGGUAACGGUGAGCCAAGAAGCAAGCAGGGUAGUGGACGAGUGCUUCAGAAGAUUGCUGGUCCUUCAAGCCAAGCAGGCUGGGGAGGUAGCAGUAGCGAGAGCAGGGCGUGGGAAACAGAGAAAACAGCCACGGGGAGCGAAUUGGCGUGGGAAAAGGAAAUUCUGGCGGCGCAGGCAAGUGUCGAGGUAGACAAUGUAGAUGCAGCGCCAGGCUCCUGGGUGGGUCGAGCCCGUCCCGGUUAG